AUGGAGGAGACGAGCGAGGGGAUUCACUCUGCGUCAGCCGCUGCUGACGGACAGGUUUUCUCGCUGCACACCGAGCCUGGCGACGCUGCGUGUCCUGCCCAAAAGUUUUUCGAAGACCACGGCGACAGGUGCCAGAGUGAGGAAACCCAGGCUUUUCCUUCGCGCUUCGCCUCCGAGGCCUCGUCGUCCUCGAGCGCCCUAGCCUCUGAGGACCGAACAGAGGACUGGGAGAUCGCGCGGGACAGGAACUUGCUGACGCUAGAGAGAAGCUCGCUGUCCUCGUGUCUGCCCUCGUCGCCCUGCUCAGCCUACUCGCCGCUCUCCGCGGCGUCGUCCGAGUGCAUGCCGCUGGUGCCCCGCGAGGCGGAGGAGGGCGACAAAUCUCCGGCGCACGCCUUCACGCUUUUCUCAGUGGCGCGAGGCGAGCGCAGUGACCCCCUGAGCGCUGAGGAGGGCAAGAGCGGUUUGUCGCCUUUCGUCGCGGUCGAACCGCUUAGCCAGCAUCCGCCGCAGACGGCGCCGAAUCUCUGGGGACAGCCCUCGCAGACAGAGAGCGGGUGCGCGGGGCUCUCGAUGCAUGCGCUGCUGCUCCCAAGCGCCUCGCCUGCGCAGUCUGAGGAUGACAGCGAAACAGAGGACGGCCGCGCCGACGUUGUGGCAGAGCUCCGCGAGGCCUCCACACCAACCGUGCUCUCUCCAGCUUCGCGGCGCGCCUGCGUCCUGAGCGCGCCGCCAGGCGCAUUCUCUUUUGCGUCUUGCUUUUCCGCGUUUCUUUCCUCUGCGCUGUCUCCCGACGAUCCAACAGAGCCCAAGCCCCAGAUCGCUUCGCCUCCGUUCGACGCGGGAGCCAGCGGCGAGGCAUCCCCCCCGCUCGACCGGCUCUCUCCCCGCAUGCUCCUGCCGUCGUCUCCUUCCUGCUCGUCGUCGCGACCGGAGUCUCCACUGACCGGGGUGGAGGAGACUGAGGUCAGGGAGGCCGCCGAGGGGGCGCGAGAGGCUGAGCCGGAGGCUCCACAGCCUCUCUCUGGAGUGUCGUCCGUUCAAGAGAGUCGGCUGCCGGAGUCAGGAGACGCCGGCAGCCGACUUCCUUCUCAGCUCCCCUCCGCGCGCUUGACCCACCGCCUCGCCCGCGUGCCGCUGCCCGCUCCUUUCUCGGCGCCUGAGCUGCGCCUGCGCGUCCACCUGCCCACGCAACUCGAGCAGAAGUUCCACAGAAUGGUCAUAACCACGCACCCGUGCGUGCGAACGCUUGACGUCUCUUCCGUGCAGCUGCCCUACGCCUUUUCACUCCCCCUUCCGACGGCCUUCGUUCAGAGACUCGGUGGCUCGAAUGAGGAGCUCUCUGAAGGCCUCCAAGACACUCACGCAGUGUCCUCGCGCGCAUCGAACGAGGGAGACAGCUGCUCAAAUGCAGCUGGAAUGACGCUGCAGACGGAGAGGCGGGAGGCCAAGGCGAAGGGCGAGUUUGCGAAAAAUCAGUUCGUCACGGUCAUCCGCGUGGUGGUCUAUUGCAGCGCACCACAGCCGUCGCCAUCGCCGUCGCUCGCCUCGGGCUCGUCCCUGUCGUCCCUGCCGUCUUUCUCGCGGGUAUCGCUUUCCGGUGCGAGCUUCUCCGACCACGCGACCUCAGGCGAGACUGAGGUGAAACCUGUGGCGGACGCGCCUGCGCACGACUCCGUUGGCAAGGCCCUGAACGCACCGGGCAGCUGCGUCUACGUCGCAAACGUCCCGCUGAAGGCCUUCCUGGCGAGGUGCGGCAGCGAGGCGCAAGGCACCGUCUGGCUCGCGCUGACCAAAGCCGACGCAAAACUGGCGCCGCUGACGCCCUGGCAGAUGGACUUCUACAAUGACGCAUUCAAUCGCGCUGUUGCCACGGGGAUGGAGUUCUCGAGGCCCAAGGUUGCCAUCUCUUUCAAAUUGACUAGCGGAGAAGGACACCAGCCGAUUCUAACAUCUCAGUCCGACUCGCGCGCGCGGCUCGCAAAGCGCGUGCAGCAACUCGAGAAGGAGGCCGACCAGGUCUACAGACAAGCGGACCUCGAGAUCCAGCGGUACAAAGCAGCCAUCAAGAGCGCCAAGCAGCAAAAGGGAAAAGUCAAGGCUUUCCUCCGCGACUUCGAUUCGCCGGCCUUCAAACAGAUGGAAAACGAGGUAGGCAACGACCCUGCUGUCUUGUCUGAGGCUCCGGAGACAAGUGAAGAAGACAGAGGAGGCGGCGCAGGCGGCCUCGAUCGAGAAGGACGAGACGAUUCAGAAGCUGCAGCACGAACUGAAAACUGCCCGCCUGCUCCUUCGAUCCAGUCAGCGGCGCAGCUCUGCCGCCGCGACGUUCUCCGCCGCCGCCUCGCUCUCGUCCUCGUCGCUGGCGUCCGAGGGUCCGCAGACUGGCUCCUCCGUCCCUUCCGAGAAGACAGCGGGGCCGUCGCCCAGCGGCUCGGCGCCCUCUCCGGCAACCACGCCGGCCGCGCAUAUCUCGAAAGCAGGUCCCCCCCGCGUGUCCCUGUGGUACUCCGGCGGAAAAUCAGCGAGCUCGAGGAGGAGAAUUUGUCCACGGCGCGGAAGCUCGAAGAGGCCGAGAAAGAAAAGGACGCGCUUCGCAGCGAGUUGCGCGUGGUGAAGCGGAACCUCGCAUGCCAGAGGAACCGAUCGAAGGCGCAGUCCGAGGCUCUCAUAGGGCGCGUAGCGAACCCCAAGGCGAAGGCGCCAGGGCUCUUGAAGGCGACCAAACGAACAGCUGACGCGCUCAUGGCAGACGAGAAAGGCGAAGCGAAGCAGACAGCCGCGGCGCAGACCCCCGAGCGACAGACAACGGGAGAGACACAGAAGAGGGACCGCUCCAUCCUCUCAGUACGGAAGCAUCUGCCGGUGCCUCCGCCGUCCACGGCGUCUGUCGGGUCUUCCGGCUCGGCUUCUGCGAUGUCGAGUUCGCGGUCUCCACUCAUCGCCCCCUCCGCCGCGAGCUGCGCGGCGCCCUCGGCGCAGGAGCAGCGUCUGCGGGCGCAGCGGCUGUCUCUGGGGCUUUCGGCCUGCGGACGUCGCGCGUGGGGGCCGCCGCGCGUGGAGGAGGAGCUGCUUUCUGACGAGGAGAAGCUCUUUGUCUCGCCUCCGCUGCGGAAGGCGCUUUCGUUUGCUGCGCUCUUCCCCUCUCUCGCGGUGCCUGACACCUCUGACGAUGAGCAGGGCGACGACUCCGAGACCAGAGCGCUGCACAAGCGAAAGGGCAGCGACACCUUGCCGAUCGGCUUCUCGAAGCUCUCCGAGAGGGAAAAGAAACUUCUUCGCGAGCUGAAGCGGGCCGCGACCCAGGCGCUUCCCUCGCUCCGAGCCCUAACCGGAUUCCAGGGGAGCGACGAGGAGGAGGGCGCUCUUCAGGCGCGCGAGCAGAGCGGUCCUGCAACAGACGCAGAACGGAUCAAAGUGAAGGCGACGAGCGGACCGAAUGCCUCCACUGCAGAGGAAGUAUGCGACAGCGAAUCGGUCUCUGUGCCCCGAAAGGGUGCCGAAAAAAGGGAGAACGCUACGUCGCUCCGGAAAAAGGCCAAGCGCGUGCCGCGCCUUCCCUCCUCGCAGUCCAUUCGACCCGCAGGGAUCGCCUCCGCCAAGAACCGGGCAAGCACUGCGGCCUCCUCGCCCUCGACUUCGCGCGACUGUGGCACGGCUUCUGCCUCUGCUCGCGCCUCGUCGCCGACUCUCCACCGCGCCGCGACUGCGUCUUGCGGCGCCAAGGAGGAGCCCAGGUCGCACUCGGGCUCUGAGGCCUCGCCUGAACGCGGGGAGCGCCGCGGAAGAGCUGACCGUCGCGCGCUGGCUUCCUCGAAUCCUCGUGUCUCGAGCUCGUCCACAAGUUCCCGCGCGGCAAGCUCCUCAGGCGAUAGAGCCGCGCGCAGCGCCCGCGCGCAGCCCGCGGCGAAGCCUCGGGGGCUGCUGACCCAGGCGUCGCCCUACCGGGCCACGCUUCGCAAGUACCUCACAUCCAAGAGCCAGCGCGAACUGAAGAAAAUACAGGACAGGCUGCUGCGCUGGGCGAGCCCACUGCGGAGACCGGCAAAGGACGAGAAGCCAAGCACACUAGUUCUUGCCUCGUACCACGACGGGCGCCCUCUGCGCCUGAACGGCUCUGAGAAGCGAGUGGCGAUGCCUGCGCGACACGCUCGAGAGGGCCGCAGCGGCGAAGGCCGCCCAGGCCCAGGCGAACCCGCUGCAGCGUCCUCCCAGGCGGUCGCCGCGCAGACCCACGCCUGUGCGCCGCGGAUGAGCGCCAAGACAGAAGAGUCCUCGUCGAAUCCGGAAACAUUGGCGCGAACGCCUGCGACGUCUUCGCCUGCCCUCUCCCGCCGCUCGUCGCCUGCGGGUGCGCGGGGCUCCGAAGGCCCCAGCGCCGAAGGGGCGGUCUCCUUCCGGGCGCGCGCGGGGGCCUUGAAGGCCAGACUGGGGCGAGAAGGCGGAUGUGCAGACGGGCGAUGCGGCCGCACUCCUCUCGUUCGCUCCUGCUCUCAGGCGGGUCAGAUGGCGAACCGCAGCGGCGCGACGGGGACUGCCGCUCGCGCCGCGUCGACCGACGCGGGAAAAGGCAAGGCGCCGAGGGCGGCUUCGCAGGUCGCCGAGCAGAGGACCGGCAGCCCCGUGGAGUCGCCGCAUGCAGCGAGGAGGCUCGACGCGCGGGACGACGACGCGAAGAAGAGCGGCAAGAGAGAGGACUCGGGACUCUCGGCUCGAAACGCCUCCGGAAAGGCCAAAGGCUGCUCUGCGGAAAAGAGACUCUCGACGAAGCAAACGUGUAUCUGGCAUCGAGGCAUGUCGAAGAGUGUAGUGGCCCCAGAGAGAACGGAGAGCGGUGUCGCGAAAAGUCCGAUCCUUGGAGAGGUGGAGAAAGGCGCCGUCCUGAAAAUGGUCACACUCGGCGUGAAGAAAGUCCUUGUCUUCCCCGGGGCGUCCGCCAAGUCCGACUCCGAGCGGCGCCGGGGGCGCGCGGCAUCUGAAGCCGGGAAAGAGGCCCGCGAAAGGGCACUGUCGGGCUCCAACGCCCCUGCGGCCGCGGGCGGAAGAGGCCGUCCGGAAUCUAGCGGAGACAAGACCAGAUCGCGACUGGCGGCGGCCUGCGUCAGGCGCUCACACGGGAAAGAGAAAGAAUGCGAAAAGAGAGAGGCAGCGGCGGACAGCCAGGACGUGGGUGGAGCCACUGAAAAGGCUGUCGACAGCGUGGCCGCUGUACGAGAGUGUGCACUGAAGCCAGCGUGGGCGGACGCUCAGACGCCUGGAUCCGCGGAUGAAGGCAACGACCAAGCGUCGUCGUUUGCGUCGUUUGACGCGUUGCAGGGCGAACAACAAGAGAGGCGCAGUCUGGGGGAAACAGACGCUGGCGAUGACGAACUACAGACAAACCAAGUUAGUCGCGUGAUCUCGCCAGCUGUUUCGCGUUGUCGACUUCUUCCGGCCGUUCUUGGCUCUUCUGGGAACGACCCCGCGGACUUUUUCGCGUCGACAGAGCCUGCUCGGCAGACACUUGCUGGCUGUGGAGCCCAGGGCGGGCCAGGGGACCAUGGCGCUCGUGCACGGGCGGCGACAGGAGCAAGAGCACCAGCGUCGCACGUGGAGCCUAGAGAAGAGGCCCGUGCUCACUCGCUACCCAUGGAUCUGUCUGCAGUCUCCGCGAGUGGUGCGGCCGCUCCGCGAGCGCGGUCGCCCGACGCAUCAUGCGUGGAGACCCGCGGCACGGGUCUAAUCGCGUCUCACCCACUGGUUGCGGCGCCUGAGCCACCAGCCGAGAAGAUGGAGAGACUGGAGAUACGAGGCUUCUCGCCGUCGACGCAGCGUUUGGCGCGGCAGCUUCAUGUCACACUCGACGAGGAGCUUUCUACGUUGGAGCCUUACAUUCCGAAUGGAAGCGAGGGAGACGUGCCGCACCUGCAGGGCCUGCUUGUGGCGGCCAGCGAGGGCAGCUCCUCAGCGCGCACCUCGUCAGGAAGAAGCGACUCUCGGAGAAGGGUGGCGAACAGGAAGCCUUGUGGGGACAAGAGAGUGGCUCCCGCGCGGGUCGCGUCGCCCCCUGCGGCCGACUCGUCGGGCGCCAUGACGCUCGCGGGAGCCGCCGUGCGGCGCAUCGCCAUGCGCGCCCAGGCGGAAGAGGCGGCGUGCCGGAAGCUCGAGAACAGAAGCUCGAAGGACGCCUCUCUAGCCGAAGGUGCGGAGACUCGGCCCGCUGCGCGUGGCGCAGGCGGCCACCGUUCCGUGGGGCAGACUCCGCCGGGUCCUGUUGGAGACCGACCUGUUCCCUCGGCGCUCCCAGAUGACAGCCGACGCGGUGUAGACGCUUUCCAGGGCGCGCGCCAUCCGCUCGUAACGAGCCUCGCUCGAGGCUCAGGGGAAAUGCCGAGACAGGGGCAGGUCGGGGUGCCCUCGCCGGCUACGGCUGUGGGCGUCCGUGAACGCCAAGACGCGAGGAGCUUCAACUGCGGCAGCCAGGCGAUGUCUCCGCAGUUCAGUCCGAUCGCUUCGUCUCGGCUGCCAGCUUCCUACGUCCCCGCCGGGGUCGCGAAGCCCGACAUGCGCGCAUCGUCGCCCCCCGCGAUUCCGCAGCGAGACGUGCGAGCCGCGCAGCUGCGGCAGCUCGAUACCUCGCUAGCCACGCUGGUGCAGCAGCCAGCUGCGUGGCCUUCCUGCGCUCUUCACACGGGUCGCGGCUCCAGUCCCCCUUCGCACGGCCACCCCGCCUCUCUGCCUUCGCCAGUAGGAGGCGGCGUCCCGCUGCGGGCCUCGCGAGGAGGCGACAUGCUGACUUUGGGAGCUCCAGCUGCCGCUGCGGCCCGACAGACCGCGCCUUCGCCGUAUCAUCCCCUCGCUGCGAUUCCGGUUCCUGGGAUCGCGCAAGUCGCCUCGGCCCUCACGGCGCCUCACACCUACGCGGAGGCGCACCCGACUGGGCGCAUGCAGGCCACUGUCGUCCGCCAGGCGCCUUCGGCGAGCGCCGGAUCUCCACUGCCUCCCUCCGUGCAAGAGAGAACGCAGCUGCUGUCGCUGGUGAGCGCGUACCAGCGGCAGCUGCGCGAGAAGGAUCGGACGCUUGAGGGUGAGGGGAUGCGGAAGGAGGGGGGAGUGUCUGCGGCUCGGUGGGUGAGAAGAGAAGACCUGCCCAGUGCGCCAGAGGCUGCGGCGGUGAAGAUGAGGGAACGCCUGUGCGCGCCGUCGCCGACGUUCGCCCCCCAAACUUCGCCGUCUUUCGCCUCCCAGGGACCGAGCUCUGCGGAGUUUCUCCGCGAUCCGCGGCUGGCCGCCAUGGCGGGCGUGACUGGUGCGGGGAAACAGCAGGCGGUGGCGUCGCUCUCUGCGGCGCCCGGGCCAGUCACGCGUUUAGCCCCGCCUGGAGUGGCUUACCGCGGCUGUGCAGACCCUUUGGUGUCGCCUUCGACUGUCAAGUCCGCGACGUUCGCUCCCUCGCUGGCGAGGCUCCCGCCCCCUCAGUUGAGCGGCAACGCCGCUCAGUCUGUGCGAGGAAGUCUCGGGUUUUUCCCGAAUAAAAUGCUGCCGCUGCGGUCUACGACCGGCUCUCUCCCGGAGGCUGUCUGUGGAGCGCAGCCCUUCAACAGCAGCGCCAUGUUCUGA